CACUCGCUGCGCUCGAGUUCAGUCAGCACAGUCUUUCAACUCCAACUUUCAGCGUGAUCCAAACGCACCUGAACGACCGCAACGCGACGAAGUGGACCACAAGGAUCCGACGACAUGUUAAGAACUGAAAAAUGACGGAUUAUCGUGUUAAACUGAAAUAAAAGAUGCAUUGUAAUCUGUCAGACUCCGUGUAGAGCGGCGAUGCGCAUCGGCAGGUGAUGUGGAUGCUGACGCGUCGGGGCUCAACUGGUCUCCAAGUGGCGCUUAGAACCUGUGGAAGAACUUUUGCACGGAUAGCUUUAAGUAGGAGUCUGAAUCAUGGAGUUGAGAGACUAUCCAAGAAGUCUUUAUGACAAUUUCAGUAUUAGUUUCUAUUUAGGCAUUUAUGGCUUAUUAAACACAGAUUUGCGAAUGAACAAAUGGGUCGUUUUAGAGCACAAACGUAGUAUUGCUUAUUCCAGUGCGUUUUAAAACUUUUCUAGGACAUUUAGUGACAACACUUGCCCUUAUCGAGUUAAUCCGGAUCCCGUUGGCUCGUAUGGGACUGAGGCACUCAUCGCGGUGCCUGCUCCUGCGGAGAAAGAUGGCGGAGGCGGAGAGCUCGGAGCAGCGCCAGCAGCAGCAGCAACAGCACCAGCAGCAGCAGCAACAGCACCAGCAGCAGCAGCAGCAGCGUAUUUCCAGUGCACCCUCGUCCCAGUCCUUGCAACCAUCUCCACUACCAAAGCCAGUGACAUCCGUUCAUCAUGUUCCUCACCCCCCACACACGCCACACGUCUCCGCGCUUUCUGCCUGUCCGGGCCGAGGCAAGAUGGCAAAGCUACUCAACCCGGAGGAGAUGACAUCACGAGACUACUACUUUGAUUCCUAUGCCCACUUUGGAAUUCAUGAGGAAAUGCUAAAGGAUGAGGUGAGGACGCUGACUUACAGGAAUUCCAUGUACCACAAUAAACAUAUCUUUAAAGAUAAGAUAGUUCUAGAUGUGGGCAGCGGAACUGGAAUCCUCUCCAUGUUUGCUGCCAAGGCAGGAGCCAAGCAUGUAUAUGGGAUUGAAUGUUCCAGUAUAUCGGAGUACUCCGAGAAAAUCAUCAAGUCAAAUCACCUGGACAAUGUUAUUACCAUCAUUAAAGGGAAGGUGGAGGAGACCGAAUUGCCGGUGGAUCAGGUGGACAUCAUCAUUUCAGAGUGGAUGGGCUAUUGUCUUUUCUAUGAGUCUAUGCUCAAUACUGUCAUCUACGCCAGGGACAAAUGGCUGAAACCUGGUGGUUUCAUGUUUCCAGACAGAGCGACAUUGUAUGUGGUUGCCAUUGAGGAUCGGCAAUACAAAGACUUCAAAAUCCACUGGUGGGAAAACGUCUAUGGUUUUGACAUGACGUGCAUUCGAAAUGUUGCUAUGAUGGAGCCCCUGGUGGACAUAGUAGAUCCUAAACAAGUCGUGACCAACUCCUGCCUCAUUAAGGAGGUGGAUAUCUACACGGUGAAGCCGGAGGAUCUGACGUUCACCUCGGCCUUCUGCCUGCAGAUUCAGAGGAAUGACUACGUUCAUGCUCUCGUCACGUACUUCAAUAUUGAGUUCACCAAGUGUCACAAGAAGACGGGAUUCUCUACAGCCCCCGAUGCUCCCAGCACUCACUGGAAGCAGACGGUGUUUUAUCUGGAGGAUUAUUUAACGGUGCGGAGAGGGGAGGAAAUCCUGGGCAGCAUCACUGUGAAGCCCAACGAGAAUAACGAGCGUGACUUGGACUUCACCUUUGAGCUGGAUUUCAAAGGACAGCUCUGCGACGCAGCCAUCUCCCACGACUACAAGAUGCGGUAAAACUCGAGCGGCAUCCUGAGCCGGGCCACCGUUUCCUGUGGAGAUUCGGCGGAGAGACAAAACCUGCCUCUGUCUAGAUCAGAGAGGCUGCUGAACUGCAGGACCCGUCAGUGAUGUCAUCAGUGCGAGUCCAGCACUAAAAGCAAUAGUGUCAUCACGUGUCACGUUCUUAAAUGCACAUAGAGGAUAGACUGUGAAAACAUCACUCUGAAUGUAAGCGUUAACGAGUCUGAGAAUGUCAAACGCUUGUGUUUAUUUAACCUUAUAAGAUAGGAAAGUGUUACUGAACAGUAUAUGCCAAUGUGAAAUCGUACAAUAGGGCCUCAUCGAAAACAAAGGCUUCAUGAAAGAGCAUGAAUGGCAUUAUUUUCAUUUCAUAUUUGAUGUUUUGCUAUUUAAGUGCUUUUAUUGUGUUAUAUUUAUUGGGUUAGUGUUGAGUUGUUUAAUAUAGUGGCAUGUUUUCUGCCUUUGCUUUAUUUUAAUUCAGGUUUCACUCAAGAUUUUUCUAAAGAACCUCUAAGAGCAGCUACACUAUUUUAAGUCAUUCUUAUCAAAACCAGGACGAACAAGAUUUGUUAUUUUAGUGUAACAUAAUAUGACAGUUUUAACUUAAGAAUAUUUUUGGUUUCGUGUUCUCGGUCAAUCGUCAGGUCAUUGUCACAGAGCCACCUUUGUGUAAAACGAUCCCAGAGCAGUUCAAAUGAAGACAACAAAUGAAGCACAACAUGUUUAACAGUGAAACCAGCCAAUGAUCUUCCCUCAAUAAAAUAUCUGAAGAUUUUAGUGCUUCAUGUUGUUGUCAUCAACUGAACUGUCUCUGUGAAUAAUAAGUGAAAUGCUUCUUGGGAAUGAGGUUUUACUGGCCAGUUUGAAAUCCAGGUUUCAUGUUGCUAGCUGGGUUGAAUGAGGCUAUUGCGAUGCUAAAUAAAUGGGAAGUAACAA